AUGAAGAAGAUCAAAUUGCUAAUCAAGUUGCUACAAAUAUUAUUAAAGAUUUUAAUUCAAAUUUAACUGUAGGCAUAACUAAAGAUCAAUUAAGCAAAUUUUGGCGACAAAGAAUUAAUAAUUAUAUACAAGAGGCUAAAGAAGAUAUUCAACAAAAAAAAAGUCAACAAAAAGAAAUUCAACAAAAAGAAAUUAUUGAAGUUGAUGACUCUUCAAAAACAAUGUCUGUUGAAUUUGACAAUUUAUUACAAAGAAGUUCAGGUUUAUCAGGUAUUUUUGAUGAUAUAGCUCUUAAAUUUUCUAAAAGUAUGAGUAUUAGUGAACUUAGUGAAGAAAAAUUAUAG